GUUUUCCGCAUUGCGGAAAUCAUAGGGCCCUAAUCAUUCUGACACCAAAGUGAGUGGUAGAUUUCUUAAAGGGCCAGAAGACUAAAAUAAUGAAGCUAGUGUUGUCAAACAGUCCUGAACUUCGGUACCAGGCCAUGGUUGCGUGUUACCCUGGAAACGGAACAGGAUACGUGCGACAUGUGGACAAUCCUAACGGCGACGGACGCUGCAUAACCUGCAUCUACUAUCUGAACAAGAACUGGGAUGCGAAGGUUCAUGGAGGUUUAUUGCAGAUCUUCCCCGAGGGUCGUAAUGUUGUAGCCAACAUCGAGCCUCUGUUUGACCGUCUGCUCAUUUUCUGGUCAGAUCGCCGGAACCCACAUGAGGUGAAACCAGCUUUGGCCACUCGCUACGCCAUCACUGUUUGGUACUUUGAUGCAAAAGAGCGUGCUGAAGCGAAGGAGAAGUACAUACUGGCUACAGGACAGAAAGGAGUUAAAGUGCCCGUCACACAAAGCAGCAAGACCUGAAUCUCAGUCAUUCGAGUGAACACUCAAGUGUGUCCUGUUUAUGUGUGUGGCAGCCCGUGCCGCCGCGCGAUUGGCUGUUUUCAAGAGAAGAUGCAAGAAACCCAACAAUCACAGCUCUUUCUGUGGCCUCAAACAUCCAACAAGAAGUUUGAUUUGAUUGGGUGGGACUGUCUGUAAAUUUGAUUGGGACUGUCUGUAAAUGAACACCAUAAACAAACUUGAUGGUCACAGCUCUGAAAGGCUGGCAGGAUUGGCCGAUUUUCCUCAACUCUUGCUUUUCACAACACUACACCUCUGUGUGUAAGUGGGUAGAUGAGAUUUUCCAGUGGCCUUUGUCAUAUCCUAUUUAGCCCCACGAAUGUGUAACCAGCUUAACACUGAGAUCUGACUUAAGCGAACGCUCAACUAAAUCAUGAAAACUGACAUAAAAUAAGCAACCAUCACAUUAUACAUGACUGCUUCGGUGGACACAAUCCCUUACGAUUGAGCCUGAACAGCGCCCUCUGAUGGCGUCAGUUUUCACGCAAUCCUUUGUUCACGGAAAUCCAGUAGCACCACAAAAAUUUUCGCAAUAAGCAAUUUUGCUUGCAACGGUUUGCUGCAAACUUUAGGGCCGUUCAUUUAGAAUGUAUUUUUGCAGUCCGUCUUCGCUAUUUUUUUAAGUGUUGUCCUCGCCAUUGCUUCAUAUUUCAGUGUAUUUUCAGAGAUUCGCUCCACGUGAGCUGCGUUUUUAAGAUGCAUCCAAACUGUGUCCCGUGUGAAUGGCCGUGACCUCAAUUUGUAAUACUUUGCUGGGACUGUACAUUGAGAUGCAACAAAAAUAAAAUUCUGGCCGAUAAUGAAAAGCGUUAAUUGUUGUCUAAUUAUAAUCGUACGUUAUAACCGAUAACCGAUAAAUGGAUAUAAAUAUUAAAAUUCUAUACUAUUUUGUAAUAAUACAUUAAAAAUAAAACGCUAAAAACUGAAUUUAGUCAUUUGAAAUGCUAUAAGUGAAUUUUAGGUGUCACAACAUUCAUAAUGUACAGUAUGACAAAUGAUUAAAUUUAACAGUGAUAUCAAAUUAUUAGUAUUGUUACAGAAGUUUAAGUGUUUAAGAAAAUUAAAUGUAAAAAUGCAGAAAAUGAGCUGCACAAAUAAAUAUCCAGUAUUGAUUAAUAAA